AUGUCAGAAUCUGUCAAAGCUUCAAACUCAUCUCAACACUCAUCACUUAACGAGGAGGGCUCCCUCGAUACUACCCCCGCUUCGCCGCCUUCAGUUAAACUUCAAGCGCUCGAGAAAGAACUAGAGCAAGCGGCUAUAGCGCGUCGUCGUGAGCGACAAAAAACCUUACAGAAAAUAGCUGAAGGAGAAGAGAAAAACGAAGAAGAGUAUCAGGAAUGGGUGAAGAAGAUCAAAGAACUUCAAGAAGAAGGGGAUAAAGAGCGGGAAAGGAUUGAGAAGGAACUUAUUGAGGAGAUCGACAAAACGCGGAAAGCACGCGAAGAGCGCCGUCGAAGCAGCUCCUUCCGUACUGAAUCACAUCCAAUAGAGAUUCAAAAACCGCGUCGAGGUUCGACAGAUGUCCUUCACAAAGGUCGUGAUAUUGACACUAUCUUUGAAGAAUUCAGAAGCCAUCGUCAACAUAAGCUUAAUGUAGUAGAUAAAAACAAUGUGGAAAUCGAGAAGAAAGUAGUGGCGGAAGGACAUUCCGAAAGUGUAGGAGAUUCCAAAGGCAAGGAGGAGGGAAAGGUUGGAGAAGAUUCGGUAAAAAUUUUGUUACAAGCUCCAAUUAUUGCUGAACCUCAGGAUAUUAAUGAUGGUAGCCGCGGAAGCGCAAGUAAUUCUGACAAUCAGCAACCAUCAUCAAAUCAUUUGUUUAUAAGAGAAAAUCGUAAAGGCACUGCAGACGCUUUUCAAUCUCAGAAUUCAACCAACAUUGCUACUACCUUGUCUCCGUCAGUUGUCUCCUCUUCUUCUGAAUCAACCAUAGCAUCCCAAAACGAUUCGAAUGCAACUUUGUCUCCCUCCCAACAAACCCCCCUUGCAACAUCUCCUUCAACGCGGCAGAGCGUAGCUGAGCUUAUUCGCCAGCGUGAAGCCGCCCAAUUACAGGCAAACGAGUCCAAAACAUCUCAGCGAAUCGUAAUUAAACGGAAGCCCGUGUUGGAAAAGUGGGGUAACGUUGAAGAUAAGGAUGAAAAAAAGAAAGACGAUGAGAAGAAACCCACACCAGGACGAAUAAACGUUAUGAAUAAGGUUCCGUGGGCUGCGAAGGAUAACGCGGAGCCGGCUGCAUCAGUAAAUAACUCCGUGCACCCUUCACCGAAGAAAAUUACCUCUGCCUUUUUGUCUGCCUCGACUGCUCCAUUAAACACCCCGCCAUCGUCCACCGCCUCCUCAACAAAUAAAUCCCCUCCACCACGUAAAAUAAAUUCCACAUUUCUCUCCACAUCAACUACAGUUACUUCUACCACUUCCACGGCAUCUCUUUCACAAACGAGCAAACCGUCGCCUAAGAAACUCGAACCCACAGUUGCAUCCCGUCUUGAAUCUGUCUUUGGCGCUGGUAUGCCGCUUCCCGGCCUUGCCCGUGGAGGAGCUCCACCUAGGGUUGGCGGGAGAAAAGUUGAAAUUACUGGUGAUGAUAAAGAGCGGACAAAUACAAAUGUUGGAAAAGUGAAAGUUAUGAUGGGGGAUGAUUCUAGUGAAAAAGUAACAGAAGAAAAAAGCAGAGUCGAUGUAGUUAGUAGUAGGCCUUUGACACAUAUUACGAAAGAUCGGCCUAGGCGCCCAGGACGUUCCAAACCACGUGCGCUUGUCUCCACACCAUCCUCAACUCCUACUAUAGAAUCAUCUGCGUCCACUUCCGACGCUUCUAUUUCAAAGCAAGAUGUUGUCGAAACAGCAGCUAAUGGGAAAUCGUCUGAACGUGAUAAUGACGCAAUGAAGGAAGUCAAAUCCGAAGUAUCUGUUUCCACUCCCUCGUCCAGCAAAUUGUCAGGUGAUGAGUGCGCCUCUGGAAACGAUUCAAAUGGUAAUAAUGAAACUACCGAAAGUUCAACUGUAGAAACCGAGAACGAUAAAGCAUCGGAUGAAGUUGUGUCUGUAGACGUGAGUAACGCAUGA